AUGCAACCACCAGACAGCGCGUCGCAGUCUACCUGCACAGCUAGUGAUGUAGGCGAUGUGCGUCCACAAAAGCGUAUGCGACAAAGCGAGCCGAGGCGCCUGUGCGAGCACGAUGUUGGAUUGCUGACGUAUGUGCACCCGGACUGGCGACCGGUGCACGCGAUCAUCAAGCAGCGAUAUGCCGACUUUCUCGUGCGCGAGAUAGCGCCUGAUGGCCAGGUCGUGCGCAUUACUUCGUUGGAUCCCCCGGGCGACUCCGGUUUCCGGUCACAGGCACCUUCCAAGGACUCGGCCUCGUGGAACGACCUGCUCCCCUACUUUGGCGAAGAACAGCUCGCUCAGCUGCGCUCUCUCUGCGAGCACGGACCUGUUGACUCGCGUGUUUUAGCCGACAAAACAGAGCGCACGCAAAUCCACCGCCUCGUCCGUGCCCUGGCUGGUGACUCGCUUGUUUCAGAUACCGUCGUUGUCGAAAGCGGUGCGUAUGCGGGCCAUAGCACCGAUGCCGCCCCAGCUUCAGUUGUGCGUGUCCAAAAACAGUCGGGGGGGCCAACCUCUUACCCAUCGUCGUCGUCGUCGUCGUCGUCGUCGUCAGCGCCAGUGCAAUCAAGCUCAAGCUCACGCUCACACUCACGCCCCCGCUCCCGAGCGAAUGCCGACCCCGACUCUGAAGCCAUGGCGGCUCCGCCGUACAUUCAUUUCACCCUCCAAAAGACCAACAGGGAUAGUCAAGAGGCUCUUCAAUGGCUUGCGCGUUUCCUCAAACUGGAUCAUCGCGGUCGCUCCUCUUCAGCCAAUAUGCUGAGUGUUGCCGGGACCAAGGACAAACGGGCCGUGACGGUGCAGCGCGUCGCUCUACAGCGCGGGCGUCGCACAUUGCAUGAUGUAUGGAACAUGGUCAAUCACAUCGGACAGCCUGUGUCAAGUGCACCUGGCGACACGCGACGUCGCUCCGUUGCGUGCGCGACAACUACACGUGCCGAGCGUGGCUUGCGCAUUGCCCAUCUGUCGUACGCCGAUGCGCCUCUGCAGCUGGGCAUGCUCAAUGGUAACGAGUUUACCAUAACCCUGCGGGACGUGCGCUGGGCGGACACGACCGAGCUCGGCAGUGACGCAGCGGAGCUGCGUGCAUUCCUUGCUACUCGAGUUCAAGAGAUUCAGGCGCACGGCUUUAUCAAUUACUUUGGCAUGCAGCGCUUUGGCACAGGGUUUGUCUCGACACACCGAAUCGGUAUCGCUGUGCUUCGUGGCGAUUAUCACGAGGCACUGCAUCUGAUCUUGGACGCUGGUGCUAUGGAGGACGGCAGCAACCGCAGUCAUGGUUCAGGCCACGACAGCCACAACGACAAACAUGUCCCGACCCAACCCCGCCAUGAUGCCGAGAACGACGACGACGACGACGACGGCGCGCCGCCAGCCGUAUUGGCCUCGCGCCAGGCACAAGCGGCUGUGCGAGAUCAGCGGUAUCAUGAUGCUUACCGCUUGAUGCCCAAGAAAUGUGUGGCAGAACGUGCCGUGUUGGAAAAAAUGAAGGCCCCUUACUGGUCACCAACCGAUCCGCUUGGUGCUUUUCAAAACAUCCCGCGCUCGCUUCGGCUGAUGUAUGUGCAUGCGUACCAGUCGUACGUGUGGAACAGGCUCGUAUCUGAGCGUGUCAGGCGAUUCGGUGCCUUGAAGCCUGUGGUGGGAGAUCUUGUUCUUGUGAACAAUAUGGCCGUAGAGCUUGACGAACAGAGCGUCUCUCGCUAUACGAUGCAAGACGUCGUCAUGCCCAUGCCAGGCGCUGAUGUGCACCUUCCGCCCGAUGGUUGGCUUGCUUCUAUGUACGAAGACAUACUUCGUGGAGAUGGACUCACACCAUCAUCCCUGUCGUCCUCAGCUCAACCUGAGUAUCGGCUGAAGGGCGCGUACCGCCGCAUGCUGCAAAUGCCGCAACACCUGCGGCAUACGCUGCUGGCAUACAACGAUGCGAAUGCAACCCUGUGUGCAACAGAUGAAGAAGUACUUCUUCCAGACCACGGAACACAAGGUCCGGGUGCCGUCGACGUCGUCGACAAGGACCAGCAAGCGCCGUUCCUCGCUCUGCAGCUCACCUUUGAGCUACCGCCAUCAUCGUACGCCACCGUCAUGCUCCGUGAGCUUCUUCGCACAGACACAAGUGCUCAUCUGCACAAGGAACUUACGAAACAGUCCAUCGAUGCAUCUUCGUAG